AUGAAGAAUGAGAUACAAAUGAAUGGCAAUAGUGAUAGUAGUGGAACCGAGGCAAUGGAGCUGUAUCCCAUAAAAAGCAAAGAAUCUGGAAUGUUCACUAAUACUAGUACUAACAGUAGCGAAAAGAUAAAAGCGGAAGCCGGUUAUAUGGAAGAAUAUAAUAAUAAGGAAGAUGUCAAUAACAGUAGCAGCAGCAGCAGGAGUAACAGUAGUAAUGUGAGUGAGUCCUAUGAGUAUUAUCAUCAUGUACCACUCUUUUCUGAUAAUACCGAUGUAGAUUACUUUGUAGGGAGAAGUGUACCGCUCUUGCAACCGCAGCAACUCCAUUCCUCUCUUUCUCUUGCGCCUCAUAACCUCUCUCACUCACAGCAACAUUAUGCAGAUAUAUUGGGAAAUGUAACCACACAACACGCUCGACUCUCCGAUGUUAACUGGAUGAAUAAAAAAACGACGGAAAAUACCGCAGCCUCCGUAAUACAUCCAGAAGUAGAAAUAGUAGAAGAAGAAGAAGAAGGAUUAAAACGGGAGAGAAAUGUGUCUAGCAUCCUUAAUAGAAAGGAUGACAAUGGAAAUAAUUACAACGAUAGUAACAACAAUAGAAGAAAGAAAAGUGAUUAUGAUACAAUGAUGGAAACUGCAACUUCUGAGAGAGUCUUCACAAGAGAAGAGAUGGCAACCAUCAUUGCACAACUUCGCAUUGUGGCUUGUAGUGAUGUUGUGUCUUCUCCUAUACUUGGUAACAACAAACAGUCAACACACCGAUUCCGUUGUCCCUGCUGUCGACAAUUUCUUAAACUUUUAUUAACACAAACGAAUGAAAAUUGUUUAGAUCGAAUCGAAGAUAAUGAUGAUGAUGAGGGUGAUACAACUGCCGAUGAAGGAGAAGAAGAAGAACAGGAGCAACAACAAUAUGAUGAUUAUAAUGAUUAUGAACGUUUAGGUGGUAAUUCUACUAUGGAAGGAAUUGCAAGUUAUACGAGAGAAAGAUCUACACGAGUCCUUCACGACCCGAUAAUGCGUCGUAUUCUACAAUUCCCCCGUAGAGAGUCCACAUCAUAUACACAUCCUUCGGCUUCUGUAAAUAGUGUACAUUAUCGCCGUUCUCAUCCCCGAUUUAACGCGGAUGAUUCAUUAUCCUCCCUUAUACAAACACCUGUUACUAUACAAGAAGAAACUCCACAACGAGAAGGUGGUGAUGUCUCCUUCUUCCCUGCACUCCCAUCUUUUAGUGCGACUUCUUUUGUGCGUGCAUAUGUUGGUGAAGGGAAUAGUCCGUGGGAGGCGACACUGCACACACGACCCGCUAUUAUUGUGUGUAGUUGUGUGGCUGCGAUGAAUCUCGUUGUGGUGCAAUUCCUGCAGCAACACGUACUGGAUACUCGUGAUCAUAUAGGACUCUUUAUAGUUGGUACAUACAUGAUACUGGCGAGUUACUAUAUGGCAUACUACUUCCUAGGUCGAUGUUCUCACUCCUUUCGACGUAUUUCACAUGAUAAGAAGUUUUACACCAUUGCAAAUCUUAUUAAAGCAGGUAUUCUUGUUUCACUAGUGCCAUUCGCUACAUUUCAUCUCAUACACAUUAUUCUAUUUGAUGAAUGGGAUACGAACACACUUCAAAAUCUUGGAUGUAUAUACACUAUACCAGAUUUUGUAUCGAUGAUUGUGGUAAAACGUAUGAGUUGGUCUACAUGGACACAUCAUCUUUGUGUGUUAUUAUUCAAUUUCUUUAGUAUAACAAAUGACUAUCAAAAAGAGAAUAUAUGUCGGUGUCUUGUAGUGUAUGCGGCGUUCUCAACAUUUGCAUAUUGUGUGAAUGUUCUACUCGCCUCACGCUUUCUUGGAGUUCCACCAAAUGUUGCGCGUGUGCUUUCUUUCAUAGCGGUAGUGGUGUAUAUACUCUGCUGUGCCACGAACUGGACAUGGCAGGUGUAUUAUCUAAGUAAGUUACUGCGAGGUGGACACGAUCACUGGACAGUUUAUGCUUAUAUGUUUCUUAUUUGUCUGGUUAUGUACGAUGACGUAACGCUGAACAAGUGGCUGUUGCAUAAUGCAAAAAGUACGGCAUUUGCCGCGGCCCAAUAUCAACAACAACAACGGCGGAAACAGAAAAAACAGUAA